CAUAAAUUGUCUUCUAUGCCGGCCCUUACCACUAUCUUUCGUUACUCAUCUCAAAAAUGGAAACUUGGUUCAUCAUACUAUGCUCUCUCUCUGUUUCUGCUCUCAUCAAAGCCUUCUUCAACCUUCGCAAUUUCAACACCAAAAACUCCAACCACAAACUUCCUCCAGGCCCUUCCACCUUUCCCAUCAUUAGCAAUUUAUUGUUGCUCCGAAAGUCUACCUUGGAAAUUCGAUCAAUCAUCCGAUCUCUUCAUACUAAGCUUGGCCCUAUAAUUUCCCUCCAAAUCAACUCUAAGCCAGCAAUAUUCGUAGCUGACCGCUCUCUAGCUCAUGAGGCCUUGAUUCAAAACGGAGCCGUCUUUGCCGAUCGCCCUCCUCCCUCCGCUGUUGGAGGAAUUACUGGUAGUAAUCAGCAUAACAUCAACUCCGCUGCUUAUGGCCCCAAUUGGCGCCUCUUCCGCCGUAACCUUACGGCAGAAAUUCUCCAUCCUUCACGUGUCAAGUCGUAUUCACAUGCGCGCAAGUGGGUUUUGCAAAUUCUUCUUGAUUGUCUCAACUCUCAGUCAAAAUCAGGUGAGCCAGUUCGCCUCAUUGAUCAUUUCCAGUACGCUAUGUUUUGUUUGUUAGUGUUAAUGUGUUUUGGAGACAAGCUUGACAACAAGAAGAUUAAAGAAGUUGAGUAUGUUCAGCGACGCAUGAUGGUUAAUUUAAGCCGAUUUAGGAUUCUCAAUUUCUGGCCAAGAUUGACGAAAAUUUUGUUUUACAAACGGUGGAAAGAACUCUUGCAAUUUCGUAAAGAACAAUAUGAAGUAUUGAUGCCGCUGAUAAGAGAGAGAAGGAAGAUGAAAUUGGAGAGAUUAGAAAAGGCUAAACAUGAUCUUAAAGAAGUGAAUGGUGACUAUGUUUUAGCGUAUGUAGAUACGUUGUUUGAUUUGGAACUCCCGGAGGAGAAGAGAAAGCUUGAUGAAAAUGAAAUUUUGAGUUUGUCCACGGAGUUUUUAGGUGCUGGCACUGACACAACAUCGACAGCAUUGCAAUGGGUGAUGGCAAAUUUGGUGAAGUAUCCACAUAUUCAAGAGAAAUUAUUAGCAGAGAUUAAAGGGGUUGUUGGAGAUGAACAGAGAGAGGUGAAAGAAGAUGACUUGCAGAAGAUGCCGUAUUUGAAAGCAAUCAUUUUGGAAAGUUUAAGGCGUCACCCUCCUGCACAAUUUGUGGUGCCCCAUGCUGUAACGGAGGACGUAAUUCUGAAUGGAUUUUUGGUUCCAAAGAAUGCUUCAAUAAAUUUCAUGGUGGCAGAUAUGGGAUGGGAUCCAAACGUGUGGGAAGAUCCAAUGGAGUUUAAACCAGAAAGGUUCUUGAAUAAUGAAGAAGUGUUUGACAUAACAGGGAGCAGGGAGAUAAAAAUGAUGCCAUUUGGGGUUGGGAGGAGAAUUUGUCCUGGUCUUGGUUUAGCAAUGCUUCAUUUGGAAUAUUUUGUAGCCAAUUUAAUUUGGUACUAUGAGUGGAAAGCUGUGCAAAGAGAUGAGGUUAAUUUGGAAGAGAAGGUGGAGUUUACAAUGGUGAUGAAAUAUCCAUUGAAGGCUCACCUAAAUCCUAGGUUUAAAUAAAUUGAUUAGGGAUCUACACCUAUUGAUGAUCAUAUAUCAUGAUCUUUAUGCGGGGGAAUAGAAUCUCCUAUGUAUGUUAGCUUCUUUUGUAAGUUUGUACAUGGGAAGAAUCUUUAUUAAGACAAAACAUGUAAUUUUUAUUUUCGUUUUGUAACUUGAAUUAGAAUUA